AUUGCUAGGUCUGUAAGAGCGUAUUGAACUAUCGUUUGAACGAUGAUGUCCAAUUAAAAUAAAAUAUAAGAGAACAAAAGUAUAUAUAUAUAUUUAUAUACACAUAUCUAUUUCCUGAAGCAUAGGUUAAAUAUUUCCUACUCGAAAGAUCAAAAAGUGAACAAUAUGUUCCAUCAUAGCCAUAAGUACAUGAAUGGAUUUUUAAUAAUUGUCUUAAGGUAGCGGAAGGCUGACAUCUAAAAAUUUCAGUUGUUUCACCUAAUGCUAUGCCAGUAUUGCAAAAUUCUAUAAGAUUUGUAAAGAGUUUUUCUUAAGACAAAAGGCCAAAAUAUAGACCUCCUAAGUUAGAGCAGCUAGUAGGGCCAUAAGUUUAGAAGGAAUCUAGGUUCAUAUUAUUGUUCAAGCUUGGUAGCAGUACAUGUAGUGCAUUCAUCUAAUCUGUUAUCACAAAAUAUGUCUACAUAACAAGUUGGUUAAAAAGAAUUAAUAUUAAAAGAAUUCAAACUAAAUGA